GACGGUUGCACGGGUUCCGGACAUCAGGCCUGACUUAAGUAUAUUUGUUCGUGCUGCGAAUAUCUUGAUAGCGUGGUCCUUCUGUGGCAACGACUAUGGAACAACAAUUAGUAGUUCAUCGCUGUUGAGCAGUCCUAUCGGUGUCUGGCACAUUCUUCAUAUUAUUUACAGAACGCCCGUCACUCUAGGCAGUACUGGGAGUUCCACACCGCGCCAACAAGUUGUUCUAAAUAACCUCACCUUGACCGUACUUCUAGAUAUCCCCUACACCAGCAACGUCAUCGACAACCUUUCCCUCGACUCUGGCCAUCUAUUGCUCCAUACAACAUGGCCCAGCUUCAAUCCUCGCCGUCUACUUCAACGAUCACCGGAUCGAGCUUGUGGACUGCUGUGGCCGGGACGCCUCCUUUGCAGUUCCCUCCCACUUAUCUCAGCUGGGACGGUGACAGAGGGUGCGUUCCCGUGCCCAUACCAGUUUCGGCUCAUUUGGACUUUUUUCGGUUCAUGACAAUUGGGGGAUGCUAUAGAUUGCAUAUCUACAUGAUUGACCAAUGUCGUAAGCGCGACUUCAGAGAUUCGAUGCAGGCUUUGUACAACGAAAUGAGAAACCCUCCGGAGGAGGCUACUCCCCCUAUUGAUGCACCUCAGGGAUUAUUUUAGAUGUGCGUAUUCCAGCUGAAAUGUGCUUUUUGCAGAUGGUGGAAAGUGUUCUCAGGUAUCUCCUGAGCUCGGAGACAAUCGUCGGGUCAACAUGCUCCAAGUUCUAAUCAGGAUGCUUCUCCGCCCGGUCAACGCCAGAACUACCCCUCUCCGGACCGCGUAAGCAGCCCUAUUGGGACUGCUGCGAUUAGCCCUGCGGGACAAUUCUCGUCUGCUCCGACUCUAGAGUGAGCGUCAACACAUCGCCCACAGCACAUCAACCUCCAAACCAGCAAAAUGCCUUCCAGCCCCACCAAGGACAUCAGCAGCUAAUGACCCGAAUCGUCAAGCGCCUCAAGGGCUUGACACUGAUCCCCCUGCGCAAACUGCAACGCUAAAGAGCCCAUCCGCUGGAGAGCCGAGGGUUGGCG